AUGACUGAAGUCCUGCCUUAUGAGCUGUACUCGGACGCGCCGGGUACGCUGUUUGUCAAGCACGAAUGGGAGGAAGCCAAUGCUGCGCACCCGGCCGGCCAUGACUUUGGCGACGUACCAGCUGGCUGGCCCAAACGCCUUGAGGGUCCGCUGGCCUGGGAUGGAAAAGACCUGCAGGUGCACCCGGAGAAGUUUGUGACUGUUCUCACGGCGGGCCAGAUAGCCGAGAUCGAUGCCGCAUCCAAGUCCUUUGCAAAGCUCUCUCUUCCACUCUCGGCCGUCAAUCGUUCCAACUUCCCUCUUCCUACCGUCAGCAAGUUGCUCCGGGGCGUCGCUCACAACAUAUACAAGGGCACCGGGCUCAAUCUGCUGCGCGGUUUCCCCAUCCAGAACUAUGACAAGGAGGAGCAAAUCCGCAUCUUUCUCGGCAUAAACUCUUGGGUGGGAGAUGAACGGCUGAGCCAGGGUAUCGGCCGUGGUGUCUGCCACAUCAAGAGCAUCACCCACCUGGAUCCAUCCAUCCGCGGUAAGGUCUUUGUCUCGGCCCAGGACACAAAUGCGCAGAUGUACCACAGCGACGCCGGCUCGGACGUGGUGUCGCUGAUGGCCUUGUCCCUGCCGGAAUCGGGUGGCGAGUCGACCGUGGCCAGCAGCUGGCAGGUGUACAACCACCUGGCCCAGCACAGACCAGACAUCCUGCGCGUCCUGGCCGAGCGCAAGUUUCGCUGGAAGGCCGUGGGCAUUCCUGACACGGGCGUGAACCUGCUGCACUGGCUCAACGAGCAGCUGUAUCUGAACUUUUCGACAAGAACGUUUAUCGGCUAUGGCGAGCUUCCGGAGCGCGACCUGUCCUAUCCGGCACUCACCUUGGAAGAGCGCGAGGCCUUUGGAGGGUGGCAAUGGAUUGCCGAGCAGUACUCGCUCGAAACAGCGCUGCAGAUUGGCGAUAUCGAAUGGGUCAACAAUCUGCAUCACCAGCACGCCCGUCGCGGAUUCACAGAGGACGUCUCGAAGCCAAGACAUUUGCUACGCGUCUGGCUUCGUGAUAACGAGCUCUCGCCGGUGUUGCCGACCGACAUCAAGAACAAGUUCGACCCCAUGUUCAACAUCGCGCCUGACUUCUAUCCAUUGGACGAGAUCGAGGAAGACGAGCGCCGCAAGCAGACAGGCGUAUUCACAGCAUCCUGCGAUGAGGACACCGCUGCCGAGCGACUGGAGAAGGGCAUCAUGAUUGCAAACCGAUAG